AUGAAGGUCUGCAAAAUCCUUGUGUUCCUGGCCAUGAUUGCCGCAGCAGAACGCGGCGCACAUCGAGAUGAAGACGCCCUGCAAGUUGAGAAGGCCAAUGUGUCCGACACUCAGCAACAGGAGAUCCAGUCACACGCAGAGACAGAGAAGCCGACUUGCUGCAGAUGCGAACGACUGAUUGCCAAGAAGGGCGGCAUGUUCAGCAGCACGGUCUAUGGCAAAGACUGCCAAGUUGGUACAUCGGGCAAAGGAAGCAAGGUUUGCGGACCCACCUGUGCCGAGGACGCCGAAGGGCCAAAGUACAAGUGCUGGAAAUGGAAAGCAGACCGCUUCUCCAAAACGGGCGACAACUGCAACCAAUAUGACGUCAAGGCGUUCUACAGUCUCCGCAGCACUGAGAAGUUGGAUGGCUUGGUACAGGCAGUGUGUCACUACUUGACGGAUCCAAAGGUGAAGGAACAGGUGCACAGCCAAGAAGAUGACAACAAGCUGACCUUGGCAGUGAUCCAAACAUUGCAACUUCUCAUUCGCUUCGGCUUCAUCAAAUCCUUCCAGACCUGCGUCAUGUUGCACACCGCGCUCGUGCAGAUCCUGGACGGCCGUCCGAGCGCCCGGACGACCAGGCGACCGCCCCAACGCCUGAGCGGCCCAACCGAGGGAGUUUUCUUGGCUUGGGCGACUUCUUCGAAGGGCAGGGCACCUCAGAGGUGCUCAGAGCAGGGGUUCUGUCCGGCGUCGACCGCCCACAGACGAUUCGGUGUGGGAGCUGAGAGCGAUGAGAAUCAAAGCGUGAUGAAUUCCAAGGUGAGUCUCGCUGAAGCCUUGCUACACUUGAGGGGCCUUGGCUUGGACGUCCAGAUCUCACAGGUCCUCUCCAAGUUCCAAGACUUUGCUCAGAACCAGAUCACCUUGUCCCAAAUGGUGGACGCGGUGAUCCAGGUCUUGGACCGUCCGGCCUUGCCCUUCGAAGAGGCAGUGCAAUCGCCCAGCGCCAUGUUGAUUGACCUCCUGAUGUAUGAGGAGCCCGAGCUUUUCCCUCUAGCGCUCGAACUGCUUUGCAACCAUUGCUCCAGCGAUUUCAUGGAUGAGCUGUUGAAGGUGACGCUGCUGACCGAGCAACAGGACGCCUUGAUGCAGCAGCUGAAGUCAGAUGUGGCGCAGAUGAGCAAAAUCCUGUACAGCUUUGAGAACUGGGGAAGCCAGGAUCACUACGCGCCGCGCGACACGGAGCCGUUGAAUGAAAUCGAAGAGAUUGGCAAACGCCUCCAAAAGGCGUGCUCUGGAAACUCCGCGGCCACAGGCCGGAUGGUCCAAGACAUGUUGCUCCACACGGACUUUGUCUCUGUGGCCGGAUAUUGGUUGAUGCUGGAUUGGCAGGAUACAAAUCCUGAGAAUCGCUUUCUCCACGUGCGCUUGACGGCCAUCAUGUGCAGCGUUGCUACAGCCUUUUGCCGCCAAAAUCCCAAGAACCAAGGCGUUUUCAUGGACUUCCUUCCGGGCUUGUCACGGAUCCUCGACGAGGACCCCUUUCCGGAAUGCAUCCUCUUGAUCGCCGAGAUCUUCCGCGGAAACCUGCAGAAUUGCCAGCUGGUACCAGAGGCCUUGGUGGAGUGCUUUGGUAACAUGCUAGUGCGGAGCAAGCGUGCAGGGCACUUCGUGCCUUGGCACAUCUCCUUCCUCAGCAGCAUCGUGUCAGUGGGCUUGCAAGGCGUCUCGCGCAACCAAGUUCUAGUGAUGGAGUGCUUGCAGAAGAACAAGGGCAAGAGCUUGAUGAACUGCGGCUUGAGCCUCGACCGGCUUUUGCUCCUGAUCCAUGACUUCGACAGCACGGUGAUGUUGCGCCGGCCCUCCCCCGACAGCUGGCGACCUGAGGAUGCUGAGUUGGUUUUCUAUGCCAGCUGCCUUGAUUUGCUCGUCGGACUGGCGAUUGGUCGGAGCAACAUCGUCAAUAAGCCCUUCGUGGCUGACAUUUUCUCGAAGAUACACUGCUUGGCCUUGCUGAGCAAGGUGCCCUUUGCGGAGGAUCAGAGUUCCCCAGCGGGCGUGGUGACGCGGCACCUGCGCACCCGCUGGCUGCAGCUGCUGCAGCUUUCGCUCGGGGAACCCUGCUGCAGCUGCGACGAAGG